ACAAAGCAUACGCCUCUCUCUCUCCCCUCUUUUUUCUUACCCUCUCUCUCUGUAGCUUUCUAGAAAUUCUGUUUUACACUACAUGUGUUUAUGAUGGUGGUCGAAGAAGAAAGAAGUAUGGAGGAAGGGCUUCUCAAGCUGAAGAACCUAAACGACACUUCAGACUGUCGUAUUACUGCCUGUGUUAUCCUCAGCACUUUUGUCGCCGUAUGCGGCUCCUUUUCCUUUGGUGUUGCUGUUGGUUAUACCUCAGGUGCUGAGAUAGGAAUUAUGCAAGACAUGGGCCUUUCUAUUGCAGAAUUUUCAGCAUUUGGCUCAUUCUGCACGUUGGGAGCUGCAGUCGGUGCGCUGUUCAGCGGUAAAAUGGCGAUCAUGCUAGGAAGAAGAGGAACAAUGUGGGUGUCCAAUAUCCUCUGCAUCACUGGUUGGCUAUCCAUCGCGUUCGCUAAGGAUGUGUUGUGGCUGGACUUUGGAAGAAUAUCAUCAGGGAUAGGAAUCGGCUUGAUUAGCUAUGUGGUACCUGUCUACAUAGCCGAAAUUACGCCAAAACAUGUUCGCGGUACAUUUACCUUUUCAAAUCAGCUUCUUCAAAACGCUGGAGUCUCCAUGGUUUAUUUUUGCGGGAAUUUCUUGGACUGGAGGAUGAUGGCUUUACUAGGUGCUUUACCAUGCGUCAUUCAAGCAAUCGGUUUAUUCUUUGUACCAGAAUCCCCAAGAUGGCUGGCAAAAGUUGGUACGGAAAAAGAACUAGAAAAUUCACUGCUUCGGCUUAGAGGGAGAGAUGCUGAUAUUUCACAUGAAGCUUCAGAGAUUCAACUUAUGACCAGAAUGGUAGAAAGUGAUUCAAAGUCGAGCUUUUCUGAUUUGUUCCAGAGAAAGUAUAGACAUACUCUCGUGGUAGGAAUCGGGCUAAUGUUAAUACAACAGUUCUCAGGAAGUGCUGCUGUAAUCUCGUAUGCAAGUACCAUUUUUAGAAAAGCUGGUUUUUCGGUUGCCAUUGGAUCUACGAUGUUAGGCCUAUUCAUGAUACCAAAAGCAAUGAUUGGUCUAAUUCUUGUAGAUAAAUGGGGCAGACGGCCCCUCUUGUUGACUUCUGCCUGUGGGAUGACCAUAACUAGCAUGCUUCUUGGACUCGCUUUCGCAUUACAGAAAAUGCAAUUACUUCCAGAACUAACUCCAGUAUUCACGUUUAUCUGCGUUACGCUGUAUAUUGCAACUUAUGCAAUAGGCGUGGGAGGCCUCCCUUGGGUAAUAAUGUCAGAGAUAUUUCCAAUAAAUAUAAAAGUAACAGCAGGGAGUUUAGUUACGUUAGCCUCAUGGUCAAGUAGUUCCAUCGUCACUUACGCUUUCAACUUUCUAUUCGAAUGGAGCACUCAAGGAACAUUUUACAUAUUCGGGGCUAUCGGAGGAGGAGCGUUGCUUUUUAUUUGGCUGCUCGUUCCGGAAACGAAAGGAUUAUCACUUGAAGAAAUACAAAUUUCGCUUACAGGUCAGCCCGAUGAGAUAAGCCAUAUGUAGAUUGAAAUGUUUAUAUUUUUAUUUAAAUUCAGUUUAUGAUGCUAUGCUCAUCGACAAAGAGAAUUUUACCCUUUUUCAUUCUGUGAUUAGUAUUUUAGUUUUUCUAAUACUUAAUUGGCCAUUUUAUGUAUUUUUCCGUGAUUGUAAUUAAACACGGCCUAUGUUCAUUGUAUAUUUGUAUUCUAUAUGUAAGAUAUUAAACUGUAAAAUGUAUCAUUCUACAUCAUUUACA